AUGUUGCUGUUGUUGAAGUGGUUGAAGCUGUCUCAUGUGCUAAAGUUCGAGUAUCUUACGCAGCUUCUGCUGGACUGUAAUUACCUCCCGCUAGUCUUGAAGCUCUUUGCGCAUCAAGAUGUCCAGCAAGUGGUCGAGAGCAAAGCCGACCGCCUCGAGAACAGUUUUUUCAGUUUCUGUCACAUCAGGGCGGGAGGCUCUGACAGGACGGCCGAGGGGGAAAUCGACGAACCUGAGGUGCCUGAAGAACCGGAGGAGGAAGAAGAGAGCGAAGAUGACGCUGCCCCGCCGCCCAUAAAACGGCGACGCUCUCCCCUGGGACCAGCUGACCGAGAUGGGAACCCAGAACCGUCUGCAAAACCUGAGGGACAGCAGUCUGUUCGGCCGGAGGUGGACGAGCUCGGCUACCCUGUCAAUCCGUUACCCAAGGAGCCCAUCACAGAUUUCUCGCGCCGGAACUUCUUCACCCUUAUUAACUACUUGAGAAUAAUGCAGAAGAUCUGCAAGAACAAGGCGCACCGAAAUUUGUUGCUCGUGCAUUACAAGUCUUCGCAGUUGCUGCGCAAGAACCUCAAGGUGCCACAAGAGGAGUUACGUCUGUACACACUCAAACUUUUCAAGAACCAGGUGCCUUACUGCGGCCGCAAGUGGCGCCAGUCAAAUAUGCGAGUCAUCACCGCCGUGUACCUCCACUGUCGUCCGGAGCUGCGCGAUGAGUGGCUCGCGGGGAGCGACGUGGACGCCGAGGUCGAGGAAGCGCUGCCUCUGGAGCAGGCUUUGCGGAGUUUGACACAUUGGUUCAAUGUUCGGCGGUACCCGGACAAGAUGGCUAGUGAAGUCCGUGAUGCACUGAAGGAGGAACAGGACUUCUUCGUGCGCGAGCUCGACAAGGUGGAUUUCAGCUGGGGGGAAGUUGGUGAGAACGAGAGCGUGACAAGUGAGUGGGAAUAUGAUGCGCAUUGGGGCUGA